AUGUCGCAUCAAGCAGAUUUGGACGUUUUAUCUACAAAGCCAACGUCGUAUUACGACUACGAGUCCUUGUCUAUCGACUGGAAUGACCAAAAAAACUUUGAAAUCUUGAGGAAGAUUGGAAGAGGUAAAUAUUCCGAGGUGUUUUUGGGAUUGGACUUGGUGAAAGGCCAGAAAGUGGUCAUCAAGGUGCUAAAACCAGUCAAGAGAAAAAAGAUCAAGAGGGAAAUCUCGAUUUUGAAAAAUCUAGUCAAUGGACCCAACAUUAUACGCCUAUUAGACGUUGUUAGAGAACCGCAGCUGAAGACCCCCGGGUUGAUUUUUGAAAAUGUCAACAAUAUUGAUUUCCGGACUCUAUACCCAACAUUUACAGACUUUGAUAUAAGAUUUUACAUGUUUGAGUUGUUAAAGGCACUCAACUAUAGCCACUCGAUGGGUAUCAUGCACAGAGAUGUGAAACCACAUAAUGUAAUGAUUGACCACGACAAGAAGAUAUUGAGACUUAUCGAUUGGGGCUUGGCAGAAUACUAUCACCCGGGAACCGAGUAUAACGUAAGAGUAGCAUCAAGAUAUUUCAAAGGUCCAGAGUUGUUGGUUGAUUACAGAUUAUACGACUACUCACUAGAUCUUUGGUCCUUUGGCUGCAUGUUGGCAUCAAUGGUUUUCAUGAAGGAGCCGUUUUUCCACGGCAAGUCCAAUACCGACCAAUUGGUGCAAAUCGUGAGAGUAUUGGGGACCAAUAACUUGAAUAAAUACCUUGACAAGUACAAUUUAACCUUGGGUGGUGAAUACGAGGAUAUGGGUUAUUAUAAUCGGAGACCAUGGGACAGGUUCAUUAACGAGAAUAACCAGCACUUGGUAUCGAAUGAGUUUCUAAACUUUAUUGACAAUUUGUUGAGGUACGACCACCAGGAAAGAUUAACUGCUAAAGAAGCUAUGGAGCACCCUUAUUUCGACCCAGUUCGAAAUCUAUAA